AUGUCUGCUGCACACGUCACGAGGGUACUUCUACUGGAAUUACCCGACCCCAACGACCCGUCCGUAGUAACGGAUGGCAAACAGGACACCGCAUCAACCUAUGGAGCCCGGGCUCUGGGGAUCUUAAAUGAUGCCUUAGAGCCACCCUCAGCCCAGUACUUUCUGAGGGAAGCCGCUUUAAUUUGCAGCUUAAAGCACUUUUUUGUGGACUCCGAGUUUAUGGAGACUGCGUGCGACGCCUCGGUCCGUAGUGUCCGGUGUCCGGAGUGGCAGGUAGACCUGGCGGUGGCCUGCGAGCCUUAUUUCGUCCCUCUCCAACCUCACUGGCUGGGGGACUCGGACGACACCAUGGCGCCUAUUUUGAUAACUUCCAACAUAGUCUCCCAGUUUAAUGCAUUCCGGAGUUUUGUCUUAACUGCUCUGGAAGGACUUCAGCUGCAAGUCGAGCUCCUUUCGAAAAAGUGUGACCAAAUUGAAAUGAGAAGUAGACGGAAAAUGCUCCUGGUGCAUGGGGUUCCGGAAGCCAACAAAGAAAAUUUAUCGGCUACUGUCAGUCAGCUGCUGUCUAAACAUCUCAAGUUGCCAGAGUUAUCAGCGGAUUCUAUCAGUCGCUGCCAUCGUUUGGGUUCUUCGGUUACUGAGAAACCAAGGGUCAUCCUUAUUAAGUUCCAAAAUCCAAUCAUGCGUAACAAAGUGUGGUAUGCGAAAACCAGUCUGAAGAACACUGGGGUUACAUUGUCUGAGUUCCUAACAAAGGAACAUCAUGACGUCUUCGUGGCUGCCAGACAGCGUCUUGGUAUCAACAAAUGUUGGACUAGAGAUGGCAACAUAGUUAUUAUUGGUCCAGAUGGUAAGCGUCACCAAAUUACGUCUAUGGCGGAGCUGAAUACGUAUUCCACUGCUACGGUGCCUCAACAAGUUUCAGCUAGGACUGCAACCUCAUCCAACAUCAAUACCCAAGAGAACAAGAAUUCGCAGGGAGUCCGGCCGAAAAGGAACUUAAAGAAGUAA